UUCCAGUCAAUAAGUCUACCACCAAAACCUGCUCCUUUUCCCAUUUCUCCCCAACCCAAAACCCCCGAUGAGGAGAGGAGCACCCACUCCGCACCGGAGUCGCCAUAGCUAGAGACCUCCACAAACAUGACUAUGCAAUCUCACCUCCUCUUAUCUCUUUUCCUCUUACCUUUCUUUUCUUUCACCACCUCUCUCUCCUCCAUCAUCCCUCUGGGUUUCUCACUCCACGCCUCCAAUCAAAACCAGUCUCUAUCCUCUCCCGACUCCACUUUCUCUCUCUCAUUCCUCCCCGUCGUCCCCGCCACCUCCCCGCCCACUUUCCUCGCCACCAUCACCUACUCUGGCGGAGUCGCCGUUUGGUCUGCCGGUGAGGUAGACUCCGGUGGAGUCCUCCGCCUUCUUCCUACCGGAUCGCUCCGUCUUGUCAACGGCUCCGGCUCCACCAUCUGGGAUUCCCGCACUGAAAAUCUUGGUGUCUCCUCGGGCUCACUCGACGACUCCGGCAACCUCGUACUCCUCAACAACAAAAGCGUUGUCGUCUGGUCUUCCUUCGAGGACCCCACUGACACCGUCGUCCCAACACAGAAUUUCAGUGUGGGUCAAACUUUGCGAUCUGGGCUUUACUCGUUUUCGCUUCAAACAAAUGGUAAUCUCACUUUGACAUGGAAUAAGACUAUUGUGUACUGGAACCAGGCGUCGAACUCCUCCAUAGACACCAAUUUGACUUCUCCCAGCUUGAGUUUGCAACCUAACGGGGUCAUGUCAAUCUUCGAUUCGAAUUUGACCAGCGGAGCUAUUGUUGCUUACAGUAGCGAUUACGGAGAAGGCAGUGAUAUAUUGAGGUUUUUGAGAUUAGACAAUGAUGGGAAUCUGAGGAUUUACAGCUCCCCUAGAGAUUCCGGAACUAUAUCUGCGAGAUGGGCGGCUGUUAGUGAUCAGUGUCAAGUAUUUGGGUACUGUGGAACCAUGGGGAUUUGCAGCUACAACGAUUCAAAUCCGAUUUGCGGAUGCCCAUCUCUGAAUUUCGAGCCCAUCGAUGUGAAUGAAGCGAGAAAAGGAUGUAAGAGGAAAGUGGAGCUGGAUAACUGUCCUGGUAAUCAAGCAAUGCUGACAUUGGAGCAUGCCAAGUUCUUGACAUACCCUCCUGAGUUAAAAGAUCAGACUUUCUUCAUGGGCAUUUCAGGUUGCAGGUCCAAUUGUCUUCUCAGCGGUUCUUGUACCGCUUCCACUUCUGUAUCAGAUGGAACUGGAGUCUGUAUCAUGAAGACACCAGGUUUUGUUAGCGGGUAUAAAAACCCAGUUCUGCCCAGCACUUCUUUUGUUAAGGUCUGUGAACCAGUUUCCCCUAAUCCCUCACCAUUAUCACAGGCUGCAGGGAACAGUAAGGGUUGGAAAUUGCAGGCUUGGAUUGUUGUGGUUGUGGUUAUAGUUACCCUUUUGAUUUUAGUUGCACUGGAAGGUGGUUUUUGGUGGUGGUGUUGUAGAAAUAGUCCUAAAUUUGGUGGGUUAUCAGCCCAAUAUGCCCUUCUUGAGUAUGCAUCUGGUGCACCAGUGCAGUUUUCCCACAAGGAGCUGCAGCGCUCCACAAAAGGGUUCAAGGAGAAGCUUGGAGCUGGAGGGUUUGGUGCUGUGUACAGAGGUAUUCUAGCUAAUAGAACAAUUGUUGCAGUGAAGCAGCUUGAGGGCAUCGAGCAGGGAGAGAAGCAGUUUCGAAUGGAGGUUGCUACAAUAAGCAGCACCCACCAUUUGAAUCUGGUGAGAUUGAUUGGGUUUUGCUCAGAAGGAAGGCAUAGACUUUUAGUGUAUGAAUUCAUGAAAAAUGGGUCACUUGAUAAUUUCCUUUUUGCCGCAGAAGAACAGUCUGGAAAGUUGUUGAACUGGGAGUACAGAUUUAACAUUGCUCUUGGAACUGCAAGGGGGAUCACAUACCUUCAUGAGGAGUGUAGAGACUGCAUUGUUCAUUGUGAUAUAAAACCUGAAAAUAUUCUCUUGGAUGAGAAUUACAAUGCCAAAGUUUCAGACUUUGGCCUCGCUAAACUGAUAAACCCCAAAGAUCAUAGGUAUAGAACCUUGACAAGUGUUAGGGGAACAAGAGGGUACUUAGCACCGGAAUGGCUUGCUAAUCUCCCAAUCACGUCAAAAUCUGAUGUUUACAGCUAUGGCAUGGUUUUGCUAGAAAUAGUGAGUGGGAGAAGAAAUUUUGAAGUCUCAGACGAAACGAAUCGAAAAAAGUUCUCUGUGUGGGCAUAUGAAGAGUUUGAGAAGGGCAAUUUGCAGGCAAUCAUCGACAAAAGACUUGUUGACCAGGAAAUCAAUAUGGAGCAAGUGAUGAGGGCAAUUCAAGUCAGUUUCUGGUGCAUACAGGAACAGCCAUCUCAAAGACCAAUGAUGGGGAAAGUGGUGCAGAUGCUAGAGGGAAUUACAGAGAUUGAGAAGCCACCAGCUCCAAAAGCCGUUACUGAAGGUUCCAUGAGCGGAACCAGCAUACACUUGAGCAGUAACAUAAGCGCCCUCUCAACAUUUGCAGCCUCUGCUCCGGCUCCAUCAUCGUCUUCAUCUCUUCAGACUGUUGAAUUGUCAUCCUCAGCAUCGGGAAGGAAUAUCGAGGGAGGAGCUUCUUCUUCCUUGCUACGGUCAGAGCAGAAGUGAAAGCUGAUUCCCACGACUGAGUUUGUCAACAAGGCAGACUUGAAAUUGUAUUUUGAUGUUCCUGGAUUCAACUAUGUGAGUCACAUAGGCUAGGUAAUAUGUUGUAAAGAAUAGUAGGACUGUGAGAUUGUAUGAUAUGCUGAAUUUAUUAUGAACAUUGUGAGAGGGCAGAACAUAAUAAAUUCUUGGGUCGUAAUUGAAGUUUUUAUUCAUUGUAAAA